UUGGGGAAUGGGGACUUGCAAAAUUCAACAGAGGUGCAUCGGUCACAGGCUGGGAGACCAGCGGAGACCAAAGCCUGCCAGCCCCACUCCCGAGCCUCUGACCAGACUGUCCCUUCCUGUGUUUGCACCUCUUCUGGACACAGGAAGUGGCCAAGGCCUUGACCCUUUGAGGGAUGCCAGGCCCCUGCGCAGUGACACCCUGCGUGCUGGUGGAUGCCUGAAACCCCACCGCUAGAGAUGCAGUACUGUGAUUUCUGCCCUGGAACACUGGAAAAAUGCAGAUUCAUUUUUUCCUAGACAGCUUCAGCCCCACCAGCCACAGAUCCCUCUAAGUGAGUUGUCUGACCAUUUCCUGGGGGCAGAUUUUUGGUUUGGGGGAGGACAGACCCACUACGUGAGGGAGCCUGAUGGUCUUUGGGAGAAGGGUUAGAAGGAAAGAGGGGCUUGGUUCCCUGGGAGCAGCUCCCUGGAGGUUGCCCUGUAUCAGCUGCCUUCAGCCUUGCCCUCAAGCCCACUGCCUGGCCAGGCCCCUGUUCUUCUAAGGAUCGUGUUCUGGCUCAGGGCUGCAUGCAGGCAAACACGGGAGCUUGAGAAUGGGCUCUGCCAAGGAGCAGAUAAUGGGUCGAGGGUCCCCUGGCAGGUCCCACGGCCAUGCCCUGGCUGAGAAGGAUUGAGAAGGAACAGGGAGGCUGGGUUGGAGUUUGGACAGCUAACCCUGGGGGCAGGCAAAUUGCAUCCCUCCUCUGGCCCUGCUGAGGCGGAAAGAAGUCCAAAUCCAAUGUAGCGUGCAGUUCAGCAUUUGGGGGAGGACCCGAAAUGGAUUCUUCCUGCCCUGAGCAGACCUUCCCCACACUGCCACAUCCAGGGGUCUUGGCACAGAGGGGACACUGGCCGUCAGAGACUCUCCGCUCAAUUCCAUCUUCUCUCAUUCAUCCACACCCACCCCUCCAGAGCUCUACACUGCAUUUCUAAAGAAAGGGAGAAACUCGAGUGAGAACUAGAGGGCUUCAAUGAGUUCAUUAUUGUCCCCGACAAGACUUCUAAAUAAUCCAGCGUUUCCCUGUUUGAAGCAUGAGAGGUGUAAGCAGAUUUAUUCAUUCAGUCAAUCAAUAUUUAUUGAGCAUCUACUACGUUCCAGGCCCCAAAGACACAUGGUGAAGAAGACAGAUAAGAAAACAAGGAAGAUAGUCUCACUGCACUGCAAGUCAGAAAACUAUUUUCAUUUCCAGAAUCCUGACUCCAAUCUCGGGCAAGGUCACUCUCGGGGUCUCAGAAUCACAUUGCGAUGCCUGUGCCUCUGCCCCCUUCCACGCUGUCCCUUGUGAUGAAUGCCCAAUCACUGUGAAUUGCCAGGCAAAAUCCUCUCCAAGUAGACAAUGCUGUGUGCUCAUUCCUCCUUGCAGUCCCCAUGACUGCAUUAGCAAAGGAGCCCCGCUGAGGCUGAGUAGGGCUGACACUUGCCUGCAGGUGGGCAGGUCCCCAUCAGCACUGGUCCUACUUCCAGGACUGGCCUAGGAGAGGCCAGGGAUAGGAAUGGGGACCGUUUAGAUCAGGGCUGACUUGAAGGAUUUUUUCCCCCUGCUUAUUAAAUGUUAAAGGUUUGACUUGGCAGGCAAUCAGGAGCCCAAAAUAUCAUAAAAGGGAAAAAAGUUGCCGAGUGGCUAAGAGGUGCACCACGGGAGUGUCACUGGGCCCGCCGGCGAGGUGAAUUGCUAAGCAGAGAGCAGUGAACAGGGAGGAAAUGGAGCAGCAGACAUUUUCAAAGGCUUCUCUCCCCUUCUUCUCCUCUCUCUGUCCCCCAUGCGGAAAGGGGAAAAUAGAAGUAGAAUCCAGAUUGGGGCGCGUGGCUGAUGUGGUCCUCCUCCCGCACCAUCCUCCCCCAGACAGUAGAGAAACUUUGAUGUCUGGGUGCAUGGCAUUCAGGGACAGAGGAGCCCGGGCAUCCCAGCAAAUGCAACCGCAUGUUCCGCCUCUGGAUGGCCUCUCUGAACUCCUUUGUGGGGGAGAUGAAGCCCACAGAGCUGGAAAGAGCAGCGUUUUGAAAUGAGGAAGUGUGGAUCGGCCUUCCUUGAGCUCAGUGCUAGCCACCUUGGCGGUGGGGUGGGCCAACCAGGAGCUCAGAUUUAUAAAACGUUUGAGCUUUGCGGGCCCUAGGGGGCCACUGUGGCCACUGUGGCCUACCUGUUGAUUUUCAGAUGGGGAAAUGGGAGCUCAGAGAGGGGACAGGAUUUGCUGAAGGUCACCUAGCAAAUUGGUUCCAGGUCCAGGAGUAGAUUCCAUGCCUUCAGCCUCUGGGAAGACAUAUUUCCUCUGCACCAGGAAGUGGAACUUCAGACAGCACCAGGGGUUGGAAUUUUUGUCUCAAAUCCUCUCCGCCUCAUCCCCACCCACUGCCCAGCAACUCCAGGCUGGGUCUUUCGUCCCGUCAGGCUCAGAAGGGCUAUGGUCCAGCCACAGAGCCAGGGGCCUCCUCAGUAGUGUUGGCCUUCACACUCUUGGUGCCAAAGUUCUCCAGUUGCUUUUUUAUUAAACCAACACGUACAGAAUAACUCAAUUUUCGGCUGGGCACAGUGGCUUACACCUGUAAUCCCAGCACUUUGAGAGGCCGAAGCAGGUGGAUCACUUGAGGUCAGGAGUUCGAGACCAGCCUGGCCAACAUGGUGAAAUCCUGUCUCUACAAAAAUACAAAAAUUAGCUGGGCAUGGAGGCGCAUGCCUGUAGUCCCUGCUAGUCAAGAGGGUGAGGCAGGAGAAUCGCUUGAACCUGGGAGGCCGAAGUUGCAGUGAGCCGAGAUCGCGCCACCACACUCCAGCCUGGGCAACAGAGCAAGACUCUGUCACAAACAAAAAACCCCUCCGUUUUAUCCCUGUGGGCUAUGACACUGAGCCUCGGCUACUGAUGCUAAGGGGAUGCAACUUAGAACUGGAGGGGAACCCAGACACCACUCCUGGGUCCAGAUGGCUGUGACUGGGGUGCAGUCACAGCAAGGAACAGUGUGGCAGGGACACCAGUGGGGCUCUGGUCUUUUCCCAGUCUGGCAUCUUUCAUGCCGAGUUGGGCCUCAGGUCUCAGGGCUCUAGACCCUGCUGUGCCAGUGGCCAGAUGUGUGGCCUCAUAUGCCAGUCAUACCCUGCUCCAGACCCCAGUUUCCUCAUCCACAAAAUGGGAAAGCUGGGCUAGAAAAUCUCUCAGGAAGGUAGGUCUCUGCUAGCUCCCAGCCUUCCAUGGCAGUGCAGAGGGAACCUUCCCAACAAAGUAAGAGCCAAAGGCUAAGAUGGCAGCCAGUGGUUUGUAGAACCUUCUAGAAGACCAGGAGACCUGGUAAGCUGAGCUUCUAAGUGGUCCAGGAUGCAGGGCUGGUGUCACAGGUGUGUGACCGGUACAGGUACACAGGGCUUUGUGCCCAGAAGGGCCCCACGCUUGGGAAAUAAGGCUCUGCAGUCACUGUCUUCAAAUUCUUAAUAAUUUUAUCUUUGUCACUGUGUUUUGUAAGUGAAGUCCAAUGGGACAGUGGACUGUGAACUGGGGAGGUGGAGCCUCCCAUCUCCCUGUGUCCAGGAUCUGCUUCUCAGCUGCUUGCCCCUCUGCCCCCCCCAGCUCCAGCUCCACUCAGCUUUUACCUCCCUGCCUCCCACCCAGCAACCACUGCCAACCUGCCCCCAACCUGGCACAGGCACACCCUGUGGGGGAGGGGGGCAAGCACACCCCACAGCAUCUCAGGGUGGGGCAUGGUGGCAGCAGUCCCCAUCCUGCACUGGCAGCCUGGGGCACAUUCAGUGCAGGACUCUGCGGGGGUGAGCCCCUAGCACCCCCAGAUCCAGCACCUCGUGUGUCCUGGUAUGAAAUUUGUAGUGAUCCUGGGGGCUGCCCAUCUGCUGUGGGUUGGGGCAGGAGCCUGUGGGAGGAUGCCUGGCUCAACCUCCUGCCCUAGGCCUAGGCCUGGGGCACAUGUGGGCCCAGCAGCUCACAGGAAAGGGAGCCAGAAGAUGGGUUCAAGUGUUCGUGUGUUCCCCAAGUCACCAGGGUGCCUGUGGGGGUCUGCACUCCCCUGGGAGAACCCUCAUGUCUAGGGAGUACCCCAUGGGGUCAUCUCCAUGCCUGAGAGGACCCUCCCUUCUUUCAACCUUCUGGAGUCGUUUGUCUCUUCUGGCCAGGUCAAGGUAUCCUCCUGAGAGAACCGUGAAAUACAGUGUGCCGCUUUGCUAAUUCCACAUGCAAUAUUCGGAUAUUUGCAUUUAAAACUGGCAUUGCACAAUGUAAAGAGGAAUGUUAAAAGUCAUGCUAAUAAUUUAAAAUUUUGACUUUACUUAGAAUGGCAUUAACUAGCAAAUUUAAAACACCAUGACAAGUUGAAAAUGAGACUGGGGAAGAAAGCAAAAAGCAUGUUUUCUCACUAUUUGAACAAGGGGCCCCACAUUUUCAUUUUGUAGUAGGUCCUGAAAAUUAUGUAGCCAGUCCUGCCUGGUGAGCCACCUACCCUCUUGGGCAUUUAGUUGUCUAUCGGUAAACUAGAUCAUGAACACUGCGCCUGCCCCUCCUGCUCACGGGCACGUUAGGAACAUGCACUUGGAUAAAAUCCAAGACAGAGAUUUAGAAACCAGUGUGUGGUGCCAGCUCUCAGCCUUGGAACCACAAGCCCAUUUUUCUUAAAAAGGGAUCUGGACUGGCAUCCAAAGAGAUUUCAGUCCCCUCAUGUAGGUUUAGCCACCAUGGGCAAGGCAGUCUGUCUCCCAUGUAUUCCUCUCCCUAGGUGCUCUGCCCUAGAAAUGAAAUCCCAGUCUAAAAGCAGCCCUAUCAAUACAGAACAGAGGUAUAAGCACCCAGAGAGAUUUAAUUUGGAAUCCAAGCAAGUUGUGAAAUGGAAAGACUAGUCGGCCAGAGAGCCGAGGUCUUACGGUGUGCAAAGACCAGUCCUCAAUAUCUGCACCCAUCCAUUUGAGUUUCAGGUGAGGUUUAGGAUUUGGGAGCUCAGUACAAGGGUGCCAGCACCAAGGAGGGUGGGUGCCAACUACGUUUGGGUUUAGAGACAUCAUCCUCUUGGGAAAGGUAAAAGUCCUGAUCCACUGAGUUUCCAGGAAGAAGGCAUCCCCAUUUCAGAACUGUUUUCUAAGCCACCCUCAUGGAGGUUUCACCUGCAGCCUUCAAUCUGCUUUGUCUGAUGUCUGAGGAUGCAACUGCCCCAAAAUGGGUCUAAAGUAACAUCCCAUCGCGUUCUGUGAAAAGUAAUACUGCACUUUAAGGUAACACUUAUGAAAUGUAUGAGUGAAUGAGUCAGUUUGGAUCAAGCUGCCUCAAAUAGAGUCUAAAUAUAAGAUUUCAUACUUAAUAGUGUCAUUUCAGGAUCAGGAAAAAUUAGGUGACUCCCGUUUGGUUUCUACAGCUUUUCCCCAAUAUCAUGUUAAAGUUUCGGCUUUUUAUCUUAUUUCAUUUUGAGUGAUGUCUUCUGGCUCCAGCUCAGCUUCCUAGAGAUAAUUCAUUAGGCCCAAGAGCUGCUCCAGAGUGGGAUUAGAACUCGUGUAGUACAUAGUCACAUUAAACUGAGAUCGGCUAAUUAAUCGCUCUUCUCCGUGUAACUGAGUGAUCGCACUCCUUCCCCGAGGAAUCGCAAUUUCAUGGUUCCUAAUGAUGGUGCGAUUACAUUAUGUGGAUCACUUAGGCUGUGGGUGUCAGGAGCAGUACUUGGAGCCUCUCGGCGGGGAUGGGAGAAGUCACUCCUAAAACCGGGGAGAUGGAGAAAAGCAGUAAGAAUGUCUGUUACUAAUUUUUGUUGACGUGCUGCUGUUGCCUACAUCUCAUUCAGGCGUUAGCUUCAAGUUCCAUUUUCCCCCAGCACCGCGUGGCACCUUCCCCAGAACCCUCACAUGUUUUUUCUAAUAUUCACAGGGUUGUUUGUAAAAAAAAAAAAAAAAAAAAAAAAAUCUAUUUAUUUGCUGUAUUCCACCAAGUAAUUUAUUUUCAUUAGAUGUCUUGGAAAUGUGGCUCUACAUAUCGUUAGUACAAGUAAUACAUUUUGAUUGUUGUUUCCUGGAAUAACUUGUAUUAUUUGAUGAGUUAAAUAAAAUACCUAAUUCCAA